CCGCGGUUCACGCGAGCUCGCGGACGGCGCCGUGUUUGGCUGCCCAGCGAGACGGCGCCCUCUGAGCCGCAAGAGGAGCGCUCACGUUUGGGGGCUAACCCUUCAUCGCGGUGUUUGUGCUGCGCUUCAGGCGACGCCGGUUGUUUCCCUGCGCUGGCUGUGUGUAAUGUGCCCUUCUAUCUUCUUCAGUUUACGUGUUUCAGGGUAUUCAAGACCAUCUGGGAGAUGGACCGAUACCUAAAGGACGAGCCCCGGGGAGCGACGUCCAAGCGCUGCUCGGGCCGCGAGCUGUCUUCGUCGACGGAAGAAACAGCGCGUCUGUGGGAAGAGUGCAGCAGCCCCGCCGACGCCAAGCUGCUGCUGGCCGACUCGGGCAUCGGCAGCAGCGACUUGGGCGACUCGAGCGAGGCCGAGGGCGACCGGCUCUCGGACGACCUGGACUUUGGCGCUGGCGCUAUGGACAACGCGAGCGAGAGCUCGGCCUCGAGCGCACUCUCCUGGGAGAGCGACGGCUCGGCCAAAGCCCAACCGCCAUUCAGUCUGGUGCAGCGUGCCGCGCUCACGCCGCCGUCGUCGCCCGAGGCUGCCAGACCCCGCGCGGGCCGCAGCGGACGCCACGUGGCCGAGCCGAGCGGCAACGCAGCCGCCGCGCCGCUGCUCGCGGCGGCCGGGGCCGCCGCCAAGCAGGCGCACUUCCACCACGCGGCUCGAGGCGGCCGCCGCUUCGACGUGGACUCGAGCAAGCGCCGCAUCCACCGGUGCCAGUUCAACGGCUGCAAAAAGGUCUACACCAAGUCGUCACAUCUCAAGGCGCACCAGCGGACGCAUACAGGCGAGAAGCCGUACAAGUGUUCGUGGGAAGGCUGCGAGUGGCGCUUUGCCCGCUCGGACGAGCUGACGCGGCACUACCGGAAGCACACGGGCUCCAAGCCGUUCAAGUGCAACCACUGCGACCGGUGCUUCUCGCGCUCGGACCACCUGGCCCUGCACAUGAAGCGCCACCAGUGAGAGAGCGGCGCCAACAGCAGCAGCAGCAGCAGCGAGCACGACCCGGGCCCGCCGCGCGGAGCGCGCCUCCUCGUCGGAACACCACCCCCUCCCCUGCCCUCCCCCCAUUUGUCGGCCCACUUCCCUCUUUCUCGGUCAUCUCUGAGCAUCGUGGCUCGAGCGUGUCCUCCAAAUCACUUUUCCUGCACGGUAAUCGAGCCGUUUUGAGGACUCGACGCUGGCAAAAAUUUAUCUGCGUGCGAAGAGUUGGAGCUGCUUUUGCGAUUUACUUCUUAACCACCUCUGCCGUGCUGAGAAUUCGUGGUGUUAGCCCGGCCGAUGGUGCACGGAACGUCCGCCUCACAGCACGCUGCCGGUUCAAUAUGCAAGUGAAUUACAACGUUAAGAAAAAUCAAAAAACAAAAAAAACAUCAACAACAAAAGCGAAAAAAAAGAAAAAAAAUAAUGAGGGCAAUCCUUCAGAUAAAAAGGCCUCACAUGCGUUUGCCCCCCUUGCAGCAGCAGCUGCCAGUUGAAACCCGACGGGGCAUUUGUGCACAGUGGUUAUAGCGUCUCGCGAAUGCUUAAUUAACGUCUUUUGCUAGCUGUUCACUUGAAACAGGAAUUUUCAAUAUUCGAGCGCUUCAGUUUUAACUGGAAUAAUCCUGUGCACAAAGACCAAAACCAACACGCUGCUGCGGAUCCGACUUUUGUGGCAUCUCCGCAUAGCUGACGAAAAACAAGGGGGCAAGAAAAGGUCGGGGUCAUUUGCAUUUCUCUAUUUCUGCAGUCCCACUCAUCCUUUAUUUAUUUCUUCAUCGAGUACGCUAACACUUACGAAGCGCGCUCUCGAUCCACGGCACGGACGACUUCAGUGCGUGUCGUUCUUCUUGCGGUCACUGGGAGCUACCGUGCGCCCCACGACCCACCGCGUCACACGACGUCCCACCUCGGAGCGCCUGGACAGCUUGCAGAGCCCUUGCCAGUGCGCACGUCUCAUCUCCGCUUGAGUGUGCAGGAUUUCUUACACCAAAACGAGAGCAACUAAAGAGCGCGGGUUCUCUAUUGCUUGAUUCCUACCCGAAAAACGCACGGUUUGAUAAGGCGAUGCGGUCGUAUUGCCAAAACGGAACGCUAUUUCCUUAUCGCGUCUGACGGCUACACCAAAGACUUGCGCCGCGCUCGCUUGUCCUUCGAUCUUUCCUCGGGCGGGCGGCAGUUGCGCGGCCUCCUCAGCGGGCCCUGCCAGGAUGCUUGUAGAAAAGGAACGGGGAGCGCGGUCUCUUCGCUACGAGGGGCACGCGCCGAGGCGAUCGGGGAGGUUGAUUUCGGCAAGUUCUAGAGAGAGUGCGUUGCGUGCGCGGGGAACGUAGGAGCUUCGCGCGGGACACUGUUUGGAGCGCGUCCUCCCCCCUUCCCCCCCCCCCUUUUCCCGAACCCUGCCGCUCCCUUGGAAGGAAGACCUCGUCACGGCGCCCAGUGAGUGCGCGUGGACGAAUGUUCGACGACGCCGGACGCCUCGAGGAGUCGGCGGCCCAACCCCACAAUUCCCCGGCACCACCGCCGACGACGACGCGGAACGUGUGGACAAUGCUGCUUCGCGUUUCUGAAAGACUUUGACUCGAACCGUCUCGCUUGUGGAUGUGCGUGUGCGUGUGCAUGCAUUACAUACUGGUGUUUGUUCCCCUCGCUACACUGUCCCCCUCCCUUUUUCCUCCCCUCCUCUCACAUAAACAUAAACAUACAUACACACACACACACAUAUGCAAACAUGCAUUCUAUCUUCCUCCAUUUCAUAUGAGUCCUUGUUGUUUGUUACAGUAUGGAGUAAUCUUGCCUUCUAAAGCGCCGUUACAUUUCGCUCCAGUUGCUGUCUGACUGGUUACUACAAUUGAAUGUCUUUCCCUUCUUUUAUUGCUUACGUUAUGCUGUCCAGUAAAUGACUCUCGUAAGCAAAUCAUGGUGCAUCCACAAAACUUUUUUUUUCAGCGGAAAGAUGUCGUCUUAGACCAAACUAAAUGAAAAAGAACAAAAAAAAGACAAAAAAAAAGACAUACGAGGCUUUGCGGACGCCGUGUGGAGCUUCCAGUGGUUUUCAGUGAACUUUUUACAUUUCGUUUGUUCAAAGGCGCUAACACUGCCUGCCGAAGUGUGAUGGCUUGCGGAGCCGUUUGUGCCAGCAGAAGCGCCUCUCGUUCAGCGCGGCGCUGCGCACGCAGCGAGCAGCCGGGGAGGACGCAACUCCAGAACGGUCGGCAGCCAAGCCACGCAACUGUGUACAUUUAUGUGUCUCAUUCUCGCGUUCUUUCUAUUCUAUAAGUGUUCUCGUGCGCAUGCGUGUAUGAUGUUCACAGCUUACUUUAGUUUCUUUCCUUUUUUUUUUAACACUUAAGGAUUUUUGCGGCUCGGAAAGCGAGCCGCUUCCCACCGCAGAUGCGACCGAUCACUGUGUCGCAUAUCGAGCGGUAGGAGACGCCGUGUAUAAGAGAAACUUAGUUUUGAUUACUUGUUUGUUGUUUCAUUUUUUUUAUUUUUCCUUCUCUCUUAUGUUUUUGAGUAUCACAUAUAUUUUGAUAUCGCCCCUUUCCGCCUGUCAGUACCGUCCCUUCCCAAUUUUAUGUGACCUUCAUAUCCAGUUUCUUAAGUAAUACGUCGUCUUGUUGUUGAAAUGCAGUUUUUAUGUCGCGUACGUUGUGCAUGAGACAGAGCUUGUAUAUGUAGAGACUAUUGCUUUCGCGAUUGUUAAUCUUUUUUUUUCUUCUGUAUACUUUGAUGAAUCAGUACUGCCCGUAAGUGCAAAAUGUCUAAGGAAGAAAGAAAUGAAAUCAAUAUUCAGGAAAUUUGACCGUUGUAUAUAGAACUGUAACGCCUGUUCUGGAGAGGACGUCAAUUUUCCUGGUUUCUGAAGAGUGCAAAACAUUUUGCUAGUACCUCGUGUAUUUUCGUUUAAGAAUCGCAUGUUGCAACCGGGAUUAGACGAAAUGCCUCAAAGAAGACAAUUUUCGAGAUGAAUUUUGCGUAAAAUGCGCAAUAUAGGUAAUCAGUUUCAAUCGAGGGAUAAAUGAGCCAAAGGAGCCAAGGACUUGUCUCUCUUUGAACAAGCACGAAGCAUACCACUUCUAUGCGUCGCUGGGCCAGCGAGCCGAACGGCACGCGGUUUACAGUUCUAAAUGACCAAAACCAAAUGGCAUUAUAAUGGAAACGUUUUUCGUGCUAGUCUUUCGAUUCAUUGAAAGGAGAAGAAAAAGAACUGUGCAUCAUUCAUAACCCAAAUACGACAAGACUGACAUGCAGACUAUUAACCGCAGUGCACCGCGCAUAAUCAUACUGCUCUAGUCCCGUCACAAAAUAUGCUUUUUUGUGUGUGUACAGAGAGAAAGAUAUAUAUAUGUAAAUUCGUCCAGCUGUAUUGGAACCAAAAAAGCUACAGAAAAAUCGACAAAAAAAGAAGCCAUAAAAAAAAGGCUGUGUUUGCUUCUGCCCAAAUCCUACUUAAACCGGUCUUACAUCGCUAUUUCCUAGAGCUGUCUCAAAGCAGAGUAUUCAUGGGUCGCAAGUUAGAAGCUCAAAAUGGACAGGAAAAGCCUUAGGGAAAGGAAGAACGAUUUAUGGGAGGUUUUAUUCACUACACCCAUCCCGUUGCAUACUUCAAAAGUGCCAUGUUUUGAGAGUCGAGUGUUGGAUACAAAGGGUGUGAAGCAAUGUUUCCUGCGUGUAAUCGUCAUGUUGUUUUCUUACGUUUUACAACGCAAUUCCAACUAUCAUUCUGCUUGUUUACCAUUUAAGAGUGUUCUCUGUUCCUCUCGAGUACAUUGCGCGCGCAUUGUGUCACUAGCAGCUGCUGUUUGUUUAUCGCAUGUCAUUGAUACAUUGCCAUUGUUUUCUCCGCAUCGUCGCUUUCGAGCUGCUUCAACUCACCAGUGAUCGUGCGUGCGCGGUUGUGUCUCCGCCAACACUGCUGUGUGGACGGCGCGACGCGCCACAAACCGCGACGAAGGAAGGCGAGGGGAGAAAAAUGGAGCAAAGGGCGUUCGUUGUCCAGCGCGUUUGGCCUCCGCACAGCUCUGGAACACUCGGGCGGAAAACAUCUGGGAUGUGGUAGAUUUUUCGCGGACCAAACUCUUUGCCAGCUUAAGGAGAAAAAAAAGGACGGGCACGGGAAAACAGAACCUUGCAGACAGUCCUAGGACGCUUAGAGCAUUUAUAUAAUCCAAACGAGGUGAGACUGGACGCUUAGAAAGCUUUUUAUAAAAGAGAAAUAAACUCACGACAUCGCA